AUGGCAGAUUUGUUAUACAAUCGACCAGAAGAUCAAAUUAUGGAGGGAGUUGAUUAUUUUGAUCUGAUUCCAGACCCAAUUCUUAAUUUGAUCUUCAAUAAGAUUUUUGAUGCGAAAUCAUUAUGUCGUUGUCUUCUCGUUUCUAAGAGAUUUGCGACGAUUGUUUCUGAGGUUGAUUCAAUUUCAAUCCAAAUGAAUAAUAAUCAUAGUAAUGGGAGUAAUAAUCACCCGAAAUCGAAGAAACCCAGUGAAGAAUCUGCGAAAUUAUCAACUGGGUCGAAGAGUUUCUUCAAGAAUUCUAUCUUUAAGUUCAUCUGUAAGCCGAUUAAUCUGCUGCAACAGGCGAUUUCAAGCAAGAAGAUGGCUAAAAACGGAGGUGGGGUUGAUAUUAUGAAAUGGGUUGGAAAUACUUUGAAGAAUUUCCAGGAUAUUGAGUCGAUUAAGCUCGAGCUCCCCUGCCAUGGCGGCGAAAUCGGGAUCAACAAGAACAUUCCAUUGUUAAAAUGGGAAGCUGAGUUUGGGAAAGAGAUGGAGAUGUGCGCAAUUUUAGGGGCAACUUCGAUUGUUGAGAGGAGAGAGAAAAAGGGGCCAGAAAUUGAGGGUGAAAAUGAGGUGCAGGUUUUUUCAGAUGAAGAGCUGAAAUUGAGGAUUAUUUGGAUCAUUUCUUGUUUGAUUGCAUCAUCAGCUAGGCAUAAUUUGGUGAAGAAAAUGGUGAAUCAAUGUCCAAAGUUAAGUAACGCGGUAGUUUCGGAUGCUGGGAAACAGGGGAAGCUCUGUAUGAAUGCAAAGCAGAUUCAAGAUCUGAAGGACUCAAUCGAGAUUGCAACAGUCAAUGCUAGCAAAAGUGAAAACCCGGCACCGGAAUUGGAACCGGAACCCGAAACCUCAGGUGAAUCAACAACAGCAAUGGCUUAUGCAGGGAAUUUGGUGAUGAAAAUGUGGUAUGUGAAGGAAUUGGAAUUGCCCAACUCAGGGAAAGUUAUGAAAGGAGCAACACUAGUUGUGAUUAAGCCUGAAAAGAAAGGAAAUAAUGAUUUGGGCACAACCACUAUAGCUAUGGCUUUACAUAAGCCUUACUACCUAGGAACUCAGAGACUUGAUCAUCGGAUCAACAAAACAAUCCAAUCUGAUGUUUAG